GGAGCCGACGCCGGUCGUCCGCACACCAGGAGGAGGCGAGAGGCCGCUGGUGGACUGCGGGCCUAGGCCCUCGCCCCUCGGCCUUGUCCCGGGGCCCCCCGAGCACGGAGAGAGCCACCGGGAGGUGCGGCCGCACUAUGGACCCCUGACCCCGCGGGUCGCUCGGACUCUUAACGUGUGGACUGACCGCUACUGACUGCACCGCGCCCCCGUCUCCUGCCGGCCCUUAGCAUGAGCGAGGGGCCCCCGGCCGGGUGACGUGUGCCCGUUGGCGGAGCCGCCUUGCCCCUGCCCGCCCUCGUCCGCCUUCUCGCACAUGAAGUGAUUCCGAGUUUGGGGGUUCUGGAUUACUGUUCUUGCGAACCCCUGCUUGUGGUUGGGGGGUAUUUAAUCCGAGGCCUUAGCGUCCUUCAGUGUCUUUGAGUGUUCUGUGUGUGUACAUAUUCUGCUCGUAAGUUUAUAAAUACACAUAUAUUGAGCGUGUCCACGUCUCCUCGCUGAACCUUAGGAGUCCUUUGGCACCAUGUCCUGUGUGCAUUAUAAAUUCUCUUCUAAACUCAACUACGAUACCGUCACCUUCGAUGGGCUCCACAUCUCCCUCUGCGACCUCAAGAAGCAGAUCAUGGGGAGAGAGAAGCUGAAAGCCGCCGACUGCGACCUGCAGAUCACCAACGCGCAGACCAAGGAAGAAUAUACUGAUGAUAAUGCUCUAAUUCCUAAGAAUUCAUCUGUAAUUGUUAGAAGAAUUCCUAUUGGAGGUGUUAAAUCUACAAGCAAGACGUAUGUUAUAAGUCGAACUGAACCAGUGAUGGGAACUUCAAAAGCAGUAUGUAAAAACACAAUCUCACACUUUUUCUACACAUUGCUUUUACCUUUAUAAUGUAGCAGUGAAGUAAAUCAUUUUAGAACUUAAUAUCCAAUUGGUCAUAGUACAUAUUGUAAAUAAAAUGUAUUUUGAUGACAGCUCAGUUGAAUUUGGAUAUAUGUGGCAUAAUUUGCACACUUAUUUUGUAGAAAUGGGUGAUUUGUGCCCAAAAAACACUGUUUCAUAUCAAAUGAUAGCAACCCUGUAUGACACUGUGUUGUACAGUUAAUGUGUGAUCCUUUUUAGGCCAUGUAGGUUCUACACUAAUGAACAUGAUAACAUGUUCUAUAUCUGUCUGUCUAUAGCUAGUAUUUUGUAUGUAUGUACAGGCUGUUGUGUGCUUUUUGUUUCUUGCAAUAAAAAAAUGUUUGGAGUGUAUAUUUUGCCAUUUUCACAUUGUAUCACUUAGUUUUUGUUAGAUUUUUUUUUCUGCCUGAUGGAUGGCUUUGAAAAGUGCAUUAGCAACAUGCGAAGCUCAUAUUAAAGUGUGAUGCUUUCUCCAAGUUCAGACACAUCUAGAGGAAAGCUUUCCAGAGACCACUGGGGCAGCCUUCUUACUGAGUUUUGCUUCAUUUGGCAGUUUUGAGCUGCUGCUCUUUGUUUCUGCCCGUACUACAAAGUGAAACCUGAAAUUGGGCCCCUACCAGCGUAUCACAAUUGAGUACAUUGUUUUCAAAUUUUAAUACACGGUCUUUCAGUUCCAGUCUGCUCAGUGUCCAAAUUAAAAUAUUUCCCUUUCUCAUAAAAUAGUAAAUUGCAUCAAUUGUAAGCUAAUUGAGAGCUGUAGUUUAUCAAAGGUAACUGCCCUUAACCUGGGUAACGUCUUAAUUUUGUCACAGAUUAACCGGAAGUACGGCACCAUUUUGACUUUGAGCUAAUAAUUAGUAGCAUUCCUCAGUUGUGGAGUGAAGCAUCUGUUUCCAAACACAGGUCUGCAGUGACCGGAUUCUGUACACUGGAUGGUUCUCUAAACAUUUGACUGCUCAGGCUGAUUUGCACACAGGGUGUCUGAAACCCUCACGUAGAAUUCAGGGGUACUGCUUGCGUUCCGCUGUAUCCUUUUCAAGUACUGGUCUCGAAUUGUGUACCAGGCGUUUCACUAACCAUGGGUCGUUGAAUCUUAAACAUGAUAACAUAGAAAAUCUGAACUUUGGACUUGUUCUCUAAAGUAUAUAUGGCCUUUAGUUCCCAUGGAACUAAAUUCAGUGAUUCCAAACUCAUAGUGUUUGGUGUCCCCACCCCCCUCUUUUGGGGUAUAUGGGUUUUUGUUUUUGCUUUUUUAAGCAUAAUGCUGUAAAAACUGUCCAAGUUUCUGUUUUGCCGGUGAUUGGUUUAAACCUGAUUUUUAUGUAUCCAAAUGCUAGCACAAAAUAGAUGACUAUCCUGGUGACUGUAGUAGCUAAUGUAACACAUUUUGUAUAAAGUACAUUUUAUAUAGUAUUUAAACUAAUUCAGAUGAAGUUUUAUUUCUUGAAAACAGUUAUUUCCUUUUUGUUUAUUAGCAUGUGUAUAAACACAAAUCACAUGUUCAUAAAUAAA